GUGUAGUCCAAUGGAUGACCAUCCACCAAGGGGGAAUGAGGGAGGUCUUGCUCCCAAUGAUUCUUCCUACCUUCACGGAGUUGCUCAGCGCCUGAGAAGGGAGAGGAUGGUAAUGAAGGUAGCAGGUUCGUGUGGUGGGAGGAGCAACCUGAAAGAUGAUGUAAGUCCUGCUGGAUUCGUCCUUUGGAGUCAGCACUGACGAGGCUGACUGUGAUCAGAUCCGGAUUUAACUGUCUAGGGGCUUUGGAGGGUAGUUCAUAGACUCCAGGAUUAUGGGAGCGUAAGCCCCGACACCUGGAUUAUCAAAAACAAAAAAUAGAAAAUCCAUUUUUAGCAAACUAAGAAUCCGGAAAUGCUAAAUAUAUUUAAAUUAUUUAUUUAACACCAUAAAUUUACAUUUAUGAAAGAAAAAAUCAUAUACUUAUUAUGUUAACAUAUAUUUUUAUAUAAGUUUCAGAUAACUAUAUUACAUAUGUGACGUUUUUAUCUUAUAUCCUUUUAAAUUUUGGAGUGUUUGAAUUAUUUUGGCUUCAUACUCCCUCCGGUUCUUAAACAACUUCUCAUUUUCCUUUUCGGGAAGUCUCGAAAUUAACUUCACACUUAUUCCCAUUUUCUUAUUUGGCAAAUUAUCUACACCAAAACAGUGCAAAACAGUGCCAAACAGUACCAAACAAUGUCUAAACAGUGUCAAACGGUGCACUCUACAGUAAAGUUAAAUUUAUUUUAUUAAUCUGUGUGAAGUCAAAAUGUGGAGGUGUUUGAGAAAGGGAGGGGGUAUUAUUUAUAGUUUAAAUUUAUUUUGAAUUCCUGCAUAUACUCGUACCACAAGAUAUCCCCUGACGGCCUGACCCUUGUCCCCUCCACGAAGUUUCGAGUUUCAAUCCAGGAUGCAAUGCGCCUUUACGCAUUCCAUACCCAUCUCCCUCUACCACCAUCGACCAUUGCAUCAACUUCAGAUAGCAAGAAAUCUCCGUUUCAACUCAAAACCCGAAAUCACCCUCGCAGUUUUACCCCCAAGUCAACGGCUUUAGAAAAGACAAUUUAUUUACCUCAGCAUGUGACGUCCAUCUCCAGCACUUCAAACCCGUUUGUGAAGCACUGUCUGAAACUUCGAACAAGAUCCUCUUAUCGCCUGCUUCAUGGCUUAGUUCUUGUCGUUGGCCGUACUCCAAUUUGGGAAAUAUGUAGAUUUCAAGAAACAAUUUCAGAGUGGAAUAUAAAAAUAGAAUGCUUGCUUGUACUUGAUGAUACUCAAAUCCCUGAAGAACUAGAUUUAUGUUCUACACAGGUUGUCCAUGUCAGCUCAAUGGUGAUGAAAAAACUCUCGGGUGUCCAAUCAGUUGACUCUAUCAAAAUGAUUGCUCUAUUCAAGAUCCCCUCAAGUUUUCAUAAUGUCGGUGAUGAGUUUACAGAGGAUGAUUGUAGUAAAUGGUUCCCGUUUGCACAUCGAGUUCUGGUUCUUGAUAGUAUUCAGGACCCAGGAAAUCUUGGCACGCUGCUUCGAUCAGCAAUGGCAUUUAGAUGGAAUGGUGUGUUUCUAUUGCCUGGGUGCUGUGAUCCAUUCAAUGAGAAAGCACUCCGUGCUAGCAGAGGAGCUUGCUUUCAGCUUCCUUUAGUUUCUGGUGGCUGGAAGCUAUUGAAGAAACUUUCUGACAAAUUCAAUAUGAAAAUGUUAGCUGGCCAUCCUGCAAAAGAUGGAAAAUCAAAGAUGGUCACCCGCCUAUACCAAGGAUUUGCUGACUCUUUAGCGGAUCAGCCGCUGUGUUUGGUUUUGGGUAGUGAAGGAGGAGGUCUCUCAGAGGAAUCAAGGGAAGUAUGUGAGCUAGUUAGUAUUCCUAUGGGCGGAGACUACGAGUCGCUUAAUGUUUCAGUUGCAGGUGGAAUCUUUUUGUACAUGUUGCAACCUGACGCUCAAUUUUUGUAAAACUGGAAGUACAAAUGCCAAUGCCUGAUUGUUUCACUCUAAUUUGCCCAUGCAAGAUUCAAUAUUUGUUUUGACCUUCAGGAUUGCGAGCGGGGUUAAAUUCCUGGCAAAAAGGCAUGAAAACGGC